CCGCAGAUGCCUCGGCAUUGCAAAUAUUGUGGAAACGCCAUCAUUGUACCAUCUCUGCUUACCAAUGAAUUGGCAGAGCAAAAAUGUGGGUGGGAUUAUGGGGCUAAUGAAAGGCUCUGCAAUGAAGCUUGGAGCUGAGCUUGCGAAGCUUGUCUCUUCAACCAUUAGUUCUAAAACCAAACUCACACAUCUACAACACUCCAAUUGAUCACUCAACAUGUCGAACAAAGCCGCAUACAUUACAGAGGCCAAGGCCAAACCGUUGCAAGUCAAGGAAGCCCCAUUGCCCUCUGCUGGCAAGGGAGAGGUUGUGGUGAAGAACCAUGCUGCCGCUGUCAACCCUGUGGACUGGAAGAUCCAGGACUAUGGCAUCUUCCUGCAGAAGUACCCUAAUGUCCUAGGUACUGAUAUAGCCGGCGAGGUCCACGAAGUAGGCGAGGGCGUCACACACGUCAAGAAGGGCGACCGUGUUCUUGGACACGCCUUUUCCCUCGUGAGCAACAACCCAGCACAAGGCGGCUUCCAACUCUACACAUCCCUCAACGCCCUUGUCGUCUCCAAGAUCCCCGACUCCCUCUCCUACACCUCCGCAGCCGUGCUCCCGCUCGCCAUCUCGACCGCUGCAGCCUGCCUCUUCAAGAAGGAGACCCUCGCCUUGCCCCUGCCGAAAAGCUCAGACGCCAACCCUCCCUCAAGUGGCAAGUCGGUACUCGUCUGGGGCGGCUCGAGCAGUGUAGGCGCAACAGCGAUCCAGCUUGCAGCAGGCGCAGGACACAAGGUCGUCAGUGUUGCAUCGAAGCGCAAUAUUGACGGUGUCAAGGCCCUGGGCGCUGCGGCCGUGUUCGAUUACAACUCCUCCUCUGUCGCAGACGACAUCAUCGCUGCGCUCGAGGGUACGGAGUUCGCUGGUGUCUGCGACGCUAUCGGUACACCUGACGCUGCGAAGGCAUGGACGCCUGUGUACAAGAAGCUGGGCGGAAAAUACGGCUCUGUGAUGCCGAGCGCUCAGGGUCUACCUGAGGGUCUUGAGGGUACGAGUGUCUUCGGACCGAGUGUUGCGCUCGAUGACAAGUACAUCGGUGACGUUGUGUGGGCGAAGUGGGUGCCGGGGGCUCUGCAGAAGGGUACGUUGAAGGCGCAGCCCGAGGCUAUUGUCGUCAAGGGCGGGCUUGAGUCUGUGCAGGAGGGCUUAAAUAAGCAGAAGGCUGGUGUUAGCUUUGGAAAGAUCGUCGUGGAGUUAUAG